CCACUGCUCCUCCUGUUUGUUAGGAUUCAUAAGGUGCACAACCAUUGAGCGUGAUUUCUCUCCUUGUUCACUCUCAAUUGCUAUAUAUCAGACAUCACAAUCGGUUCAUCAUGCAAUCGACCUCCCUCCGGCGGUCCAUUGCGCUGCUCCAGCGUGCUUCUACCCGGUCGUGCAUCACUGCAGGCUCCGGUCGUCGGGCUAUCCAGACCGUCAGCUCUCAAGCGAACAUCCCCGACUUUGCCUUCGCGUUUGAUAUCGAUGGCGUCCUCCUACGAUCCUCCAAGCCCAUUCCCGGAGCAGCUGAGUCAUUGGCUUUGUUGAAGGAGCAGAACAUCCCGUUCCUUCUGUUGACAAACGGCGGCGGAAAGCACGAAACGGAGCGAGUGGCUGAGAUCAGUGAGAAGCUGAAGGUUCCCUUGGACGCCGAAUUGAUCGUCCAGAGUCAUUCGCCCUUCGCAGAGCUGGUGCAUGGGACGGAGGGUCCAGGCCCCUUGGAGAAUAAGUGCGUGUUGGUGGUGGGAGGAGAGGGCGACCGCUGUCGCCAAGUGGCACACCAGUAUGGCUUCAAGAAUGUGGUGACCCCUGGAGACAUCUACAUGGCAAACCCAGCCGUCUGGCCUUUUCGGUCGUUUAAGGACUACUACGAAAAGAUCUCCCAGCCCUUGCCGAACCCGAAAGACCCCAGUGAUCCUUCCAAGGGGCUGAAAAUCGAUGCAAUCUUUGUCUUCAAUGACCCGCGCGACUGGGCUCUGGAUGCGCAGAUUAUCACCGACCUCUUGCUCUCGUCGCAGGGUGUCAUCGGAACGCUUUCGGAGAAGAACGGCCGGACUGAUCUUCCGAACCAUGGCUACCUACAGGACGGCCAGCCGCACCUGUACUUCUCAAAUCCUGACCUGUGGUGGGCUGCGAGUUACCAUCUGCCUCGUCUUGGCCAGGGCGGAUUCCGCGAAGCGUUGGAGGGUAUCUGGACGGCAGUGACCGGAGGUCCCGACAAAGGUGUGAAGCUCAAGAAGACCGUCAUUGGCAAACCUUAUCAAGGAACAUAUGAGUUUGCGGAGCGUCAAUUGUUGCGCAACCGGGAGCGUAUGUUUGGCGCCAAUGUUCAGCCGCCCUUGAGAAAUGUCUACAUGAUUGGUGACAACCCGGAGUCGGACAUUUGCGGUGCCAACAGCUACCGCAGCGGACAUGGUAGCAAGUGGCACUCCAUUCUCGUUCGAACUGGUGUUUACAGUGGCGGAGAACCGACCUGGACCCCUACAACCAUUGUCGACAACGUUCACAGAGCGGUCGAGUGGGGAAUCAAGACUUCUCACUCUGCGACGCUGGAUGCUCUUAUCUGGUUCUAUCGCUUUGUACCUCUUUUCUCCCCUCACCAACCCAUCCUCAUCGCGCCCACACCCGUGAUCAUGGCCGACUCCGAAUUGCCCACCCGCCCCAAGCCCGAGGAGACCCCCGCCGCCGCCGCGGACGCCCCCGCGGAGGGCGCGGAGCCCACCAAGAGCGCCAGCAAGAGCGCCGCCAAGAAGGCCGCAAAGGAGAAGGCGAAGGCCGAGAAGGCCGCCGCGCGCGCUGCCCAGGAGAAGGCUCAGGCUGCCGCCGCCGAAGCCAACGACACUGCCAAGGGCCUGUACGGCCAGCUCCCCGAGUCCGAAGAUGUCCUCCCCGCGACGAGAUUCUCCGAGAUCACCGACGAGCACUACGAGAAGGAGAUCACGGUGGUGGCCCGCGUCGACAAUGCCCGUGUGCAGAGCGCCAAGCUUGCCUUCCUGAUGCUGAGACAGCAGGGUCAGAAGCUGCAGGCUGUCAUCGCGGCCGCGGAGCCCAUCUCGAGACAGAUGAUCAAGUUCACCGGUGGUCUCAACGUCAACUCGAUCGUCCAGGUGACUGGUAUCGUUAAGAAGCCCGCUGUUUCGAUCUCCUCCGCUACCCUGAGCGACCACGAAGUGCACAUCCGCAAGGUCUACAUCAUUUCCGAGGCCGCCCAGAUGCUUCCCAUGCAGGUCAAGGAUGCCGAGAGACCGCCCCCGGAGACGACGGAGGAAGGACCCCAGGUCGAUGCGGACGGCGCUCCCAUUGUUACCCUGAAGACUCGCCUCGAUAACCGUGUCCUCGAUCUCCAGACCGAGACCAGCCAGGCUAUCACUUGGAUCUCCAGCGGUGUGGCCCAACUGUUCACCGAGUACAUGAUCAAGAGCGGCUCGCGGUGGAUCUUCACCCCCAAGUUGGUGGGUGCUGCUACUGAGGGUGGUAGCAACGUCUUCGAGGUCAAGUACUUCAAGAGAAACGCAUACCUCGCUCAGAGCCCCCAAUUGUACAAGCAGAUGUGUAUCGCCGGUGAUAUGGAGAACGUCUUCGAGGUUGCUCCCGUUUUCCGUGCUGAAGACAGCAACACUCACAGACACUUGACUGAGUUCACCGGUCUCGAUUUCGAGAAGACUUUCCGCGCUCACUACCAUGAGGUCUUGGAGUUCGCCGAGGACCUCCUCGUCUUCAUCCUGACUGAGAUCAAGGAGCGGUACAAGGACCAGAUCGCUAUCAUCCAGAAGUCCUACCCCAAGGCUGGUGACUUCAAGCUGCCCAAGGAUGGCAAGGCCCUGCGUCUGAACUACAUGGACGGUGUUGCGUUGUUGAAGGAGGCUGGUGUGGAUGUUUCCGAGCAGGAGCGCUUCGAGAACGACUUCACCACGGCGAUGGAGAAGCAGCUGGGCCAGAUCAUCCGUGACAAGUACGACACCGACUUCUACGUGCUGGACAAGUUCCCCAUGGCCGUCCGUCCUUUCUACACCAAGGCCUGCCCGCAGGACCCUCGGUUCUCCAACUCGUAUGAUUUCUUCAUGCGUGGUGAGGAGAUUAUGUCCGGUGCUCAGCGUAUCCACGACAUCAAGGAGCUGGAGGAGUCCAUGGUCGCCAAGGGGCUCGACCCCAAGUCGGAGGGCUUCGAGGACUACCUCGCUGCUUUCCGCCAGGGAUGUCCUCCCCACGCCGGUGGUGGUCUGGGUCUGAACCGUAUUGUCAUGUUCUUCCUGGGCCUGCCCAACGUCCGGUUGACUUCGUUGUUCCCUCGUGACCCCCAGCGUCUGCGCCCUUAGACGAAGACCGAGAGAGACGAGAUUAGACCCGGAUCUAACCCGGAUAAAACAAUAUAAUGGAGCGACGAGAUU